CGCACGUCCCAGGGGCGUCGGGCUUGGGUGCCACCUCCGACGGACGCCGACGCUUUUGCAGCUACUCAUUGCUACUACACAGGACAGUACUGGGGCGUAUAGGAGGAUAGGGAUGAACUGCGUGGCGUGAUGAACUGCUCGUGCUCCAGAAGAAGACGUGCCUCGCGUGCCCCUGGAAUAGCCGUGAACAGUGACGUUUCCAAGUGCAUUCCAUCUGCCCAACUCGCAGCAAGCCGCCGCCAGGUCGUCAAGAAGCUGCUGGUCGUCGGGGUCCCAGAAUGCUCCAUAAUUCCAAUUGAGGGUGCCAGUGUCCCUUUGGCCCUGUCUCGCGUCUAUAUAUGACAACCCGGCGGCUCUAAAACUAAUCGAUGAGAUUUAUCUUGGGAUCGGCUAGAGAAGAUCGAGUGAGAAGUUGCGCGUGUGAAGCCAUCACACCAAUUAAAGAUCGAGAUCAUCCAUGGCUAGUUCUCUACUUCAGCAGCUGCUGUCUCUGCUGCUGCUCCUGCUGCCCUCUCCUCUUCGUCUCCGGGAGCAUCUAUCAGGAAACCAUGCUGUCAGCGCCAACAACUUCCACCCCAUCUUUCUGGUAGCUGGGGUGAGCUGCAGCGACCUGGAGGCACGCCUCACCGAGGAGUACCGGCCGUCGGUGCCGCACUGCGGCGCCAUGAAGGGGAAGGGGUGGUUCGGUCUGUGGAAGAACAGUUCGGAGCUGCUGUCUCGUGACUACGUGCAGUGCUUCGAGGAGCAGAUGAGCCUCGUCUACGACCCUGCCAUCAACGAGUACCGGAACCUCGCCGGCGUCGAGACGCGAGUGCCCAACUUCGGCUCCACAAGAGCCUUCAGCCACAAGAACCCCCUCAAGUCAGACUGGUGCCUCGGAAAGCUGAGAGCCGCACUGGAAGACAUGGGAUACCGAGACGGAGACACCAUGUUCGGAGCCCCCUACGACUUCCGCUACGCGCCGCCGUCCCCCGGCCAGACGUCCGAGGUGUACUCCCGCUACUUCAAGGAGCUGAUGGAGCUGGUCGAGGCCGCGAGCGAGAGGACCCGGAAGAAGGCCGUCAUCCUCGGCCACAGCUUCGGCGGCAUGGUCGCGCUCGAGUUCGUCCGGAACACUCCGCCGGCGUGGCGGCGCGAGCACAUCGAGCGCCUCGUCCUGGUCGCGCCGACGCUCCCCGGCGGGUUCCUGGAGCCGGUGCGCAACUUCGCGUCCGGGACGGACAUCCUCUACGUGCCAGCGACGACGCCGCUGGCCACGCGAGCCAUGUGGAGGAGCUUCGAGAGCGCCAUCGUGAACUUCCCGUCGCCGGCCGUGUUCGGGCGCCUGCAGGCGCCGCUCGUGGUCACCAGGGAGCGGAACUACUCCGCGUCCGCGCACGACAUGGAGCGCUUCCUCGCCGCCGUCGGCUCCGGCGAGGCCGCGGAGCCCUUCAGGAGACGGGCCGUCCCCAAGAUGGGCAGCUUCGCGGCGCCGAUGGUGCCCAUGACGUACAUCAGCGGGGUCGGCAACAGGACGCCGCUGCGGCUGGUGUUCUGGGGCGAAGACUUCGACGCGGCCCCGGAGGUGGCGGCGUACGGGGACGGAGAUGGCAAGAUCAAUUUGAUCAGCGUCUUGGCGUUUGAGAAGGAGAUGCGUCGGCAGCCGGAGCAGAAGAAGCAGUUCAAAUCCAUCAAGAUCAAUAAGGCCCAGCAUUCUACGAUCGUCACGGAUGAUUUUGCCCUGCACAGGGUCAUUCAAGAAAUUGUUGAGGCCAAUAAUCAGAAGAUUCCAUCCUAAAUUAUUCAUGUCAUGUAUGCAUUACCGAGCUGUGGGGGCCAAUAGUGGGUUGGGAAGUGAUGGUUUAGACAUCGGUCGUGGUGUGGUCGCAAUUCAAUCGAUUAGUUAUUUGUUAACGUCAAUUGCUUGCCUCAUGAACUUGCUGUGAUAAGGAAAGACCACAAUUAUUUUCCGCUUGUCGUGUGCGUUGUACCGUAUAAUGUUAAUAAAAACAAGAGUAAAAUAUAGUAGCAGUCA